AUGAAAAUAUCUAAUCUUGGAAGAAAAUCGCAAAUCGCCAUCGAAUAUGCCUAUCGUGUCCGAGAGCGAUCAUCUGCUACAUGGGUCUUUUGGAUCCAUGCAAGUAAUAAAGCGCGGUUCGAAGAAGGUUUCCGAGACCUUGCGACAUGCGUUGAGCUUUCUGGGCGGCAAGAUCCAAAAGCGAAUAUAUUUCAACUGGUGCACGACUGGCUUCAAGACGAAAGAAAAGGGCCUUGGGUUGUUAUUCUCGACAACGUAGACGACGCCCGUUUCUUGACUGUAUCGAACCUGGAAGCAACCAUAGCCACGGCAAAGGGUGCAUCUACCAGGCACCUGUUAUCAUAUAUCCCAUACUGCCAACAUGGGUCUGUUCUUAUCACUUCACGAAGUAAAGCCGCUGCAAUGGAGCUAGUUGAUCGCGAUGAUAUCAUCCCAAUCAACCCAAUGAAUAAGAAAGACGCAAUACAAUUAUUGCGGAAUAAGCUUGGUCACGACGAUAACGACGCUUGCGUUGUGGAGCUUGCUGCAACGCUCGAAUAUAUGCCAAUAGCUAUUGUUCAGGCAACGGCUUACAUUUCCCAGAAGCGUCCACGAUCCUCUGUUCAGGAUUAUAUCGAUGAGUUUCGCAAAAGCGAUAAUAGAAAAGCUAAGCUUCUUAGUCAUGAAGGGGAAGGGCUUCGACGAGACAAAGAAGCUCAUAACUCCAUUUUCGUCACAUGGCAAAUAUCAUUUGACUAUAUUCGCGACGUCAGACCGUCCGCAGCAGACCUACUGUCGCUUAUCAGCUUCUGUGAUCGCCAGGGCAUUCCGGAAGUUUUGAUGCGAGGCAAAUACGGUCGCGUUACCAUAGAUGAUGCACAUAAUCUACGUCGCGCGGUGAGUGGGUUGACUAUUAGGGAUACAAGCGACCAUGAUGCCGACGAUGGCAAGAGUAUUGGAAGCAAUAGUGAUAGUGACUGGACAUAUGAAAACUCCAACUGUAGUGACAAUGAUGAGUUUGAAAGCGACAUCAUAGCACUACGGAAUUUUUCCUUCAUUGUAGCCAAUAAGGACGGGACCACAUUUGAAAUGCAUAGACUAGUGCAGCUCGCCAUAUUUGCGUGGCUUAAGGCACAUAAUAUCUAUGAACAGUGGAAUUAUCAGUUUCUUCAAAACCUUGCCGCAGAGAUGCCAGGCGGAAACUUUGAGAAUUGGGCGAAAUGCGAGCUUCUUUUCCCACAUACACAGCAAGUGUCAACACAGCGCCCGGACGGCAAGGAGGCUAUGGAAGAGUGGGCGACAAUCUUGCAUAAAGCAGCCUGGUAUGCCCUUGAAAAGGGGUAUGGAGUAGAAGCCGAGAAGCUUUCUACCUGGGCUAUGAAAGCAAGGAAGAAAAUAUUUGAUAAAGACGAUGAGAAAGUGACUUCGUCAAAAGCAUUGGUAGCGUCGACAUAUAGCAAGCAAGGGCGAUGGGAAGAGGCGGAGAAGCUUCAAGUGCAAGUAAUAGAGGUGAGCAAGCAGAAGCUUGGACCGGACCAUCCGGACACGCUGACCAGCAUCGCGAAUCUGGCAUGGACAUACGGGAACCAAGGGCGGUGGGAAGAGGCAGAGACGCUUCAGGUGCAAGUAACGAAGGCGAGCAAGCAGAAGCUUGGACCGGACCAUCCCUCCACGCUGACUAGCAUGAAUAACUUAGCAUGGAUAUACUGGAAUUCUGGGCGCCUCGAAGAAGGAAAGGUGUUGAUGAGUCAAUGUAUACGUCUACGACAAGCUAAACUGGGUUCUAGUCAUCCAGACUACUUGGCUUCAGUCGAAAGUCUAUCUGAGUGGGAAAGGUGA